AUGAAGUGCUCACAGGUAGAGAAUGGAGAGGUGGACGAGCACCUGCUGCUACGCGAGCAGCAGCACGAGGAGGAAGACGAGGAAUGCUGCAAGCCCUUCCUCCAACUCUUCAUCUUAAUCACGUGCCUGGGGUCCAUCGUAUUUGCGGACCGCUACAUCUCCUUCAGCACCGUGUCCUGCAUCGCCUGCACCCUGGCCACCUCGGCCCUCCUCUUCAUCUCCAUCCGACGCAACCACAACUGCCGCGUGCUCAGCGCCUCUACAACUUCGUCGGCCAACGUUGCCCUCCGUCUGCAGGAGCGUCGCCGCGGGCGAACGGGGCUGGCCGUAGCGCUCUACGCCUACUGCGGGGUGCUGGACCUGCUCCUCACCAUGUGCGCGCUCACCGACAGCGACGUGCGCGACGUCUUCCUGUGGUUCCUAUGCAUUCCGCUGCUGUUCCUCUACGCGCGCGGCGUGCGGGCCUGCGUCGUGACCCUGGUAUUCGUGGGCGUCCAGACCACCGCGCUCCGCUACGUGCGCCGGACGUGGGACCUCACAGCCUUUUUGACCCCUACCUCCAUCCGGCACACCAUCCUCGGCGAAAGCUUUUGUGACUGUUGGCUGUUCGUGCUGGUGACCACGCUGUCGGCGUGUCACCACCACGCGCGCACUCGAGCGCUCGAUCGGCUCAAGGCGGCGCUGCGGGAGAAGGACGCCGCCAAUGCCGAGCUGCGGCGGGCCACGCAUGCCAAGUCGGAGUUCCUCGCCAACAUGUCCCACGAGCUGCGCACACCGAUGCACGGGAUCAUUGCCAUGAGUCGUGAGCUUCAGGACUUGUUCAUGCCCUCUUCCCAAGCUGGGCAUGCUUUGACCAUCAUAUCGGACUGCGCGGAACACUUGAUGUCGCUGGUGAGCGACAUCCUCGAUUUCGAGCGCAUCGAAUCCGACCAGCUGCAGCUCGAGGCCAUUCCCUUCUCGAUUGCCGAAGAAGCGCAGAAGGCCAUUCACCUGCUCCAGACCGCCGCCGACAAAAAGCAAUUGUCGCUCUCGCUCGACACUGUGAUCGCGCGGCCUUUCCACCUGGGCGAUCCGCUUCGCUUCCGGCAAGUGGUCGUAAAUUUAUUGAGCAAUGCCAUCAAGUUCACGCCCGACCGCGGCUCGGUCUCGGUCAGCGUGCGCAACGACGAUCAGGACAGUAUCGAUGAGGUCAUCGUCGCCGUGAAAGAUACCGGGAUUGGAAUUCCAGAAGAGUGUAGGAGGUUGCUCUUCUCGCUAGACGCCUCGGUCUGCCGCAAGUUCGGCGGCUCCGGGCUCGGCCUGGCCAUCAGCCAGCGACUGUGCCGCGCCAUGGGCGGCGGGAUCGAGUGCCACAGUCAACCCGGCCGCGGCUCCACCUUCACCUGUCGGUUCCGCCUGCCGGCGGUGGAACACGAGCAGUCGCCCCCUUUCAAGGACCUCGCAAUGCCUGACCCAUCGUCGCUUGCGUUGAGUAGCAGCAACACCAGCGGCGCGGAUGGCGAGAGAUUCCAGGGGCUGCGCGUGCUGUUGGUGGAAGACAACGUAAUCAACCAGAAGGUGGGCAAGCGCAUGCUCUCCACCCUAGCCUGCGACGUCACGGUGGCCAACAAUGGCGAGGAGUGCCUCAACGCCUUGGGCGAGUCGCUGGACGCGUUCGACAUCGUGCUCAUGGAUUGCCAGAUGCCCGUGAUGGACGGCUUCCAGGCCACCAAGUGCAUCCGCGAGAAAGAGGCCCAGCGCGAGCAGGGUGAUCCUCAGCCAUCGCUGCCGAUCGUGGCGCUCACUGCGUCUGCCACCACGGAGUAUGCGCAGCGGUGCCUCGAGGUGGGCAUGUCCGACGUGCUCUUCAAACCGCUCCGGCGCGAAACCCUCGCUGCCGCGCUCGCCAAGUGGAAGCCGUCGUCCGCCUCGGACCGCGCCUCUUCUUCUUCUUCUUCAUCGAACAUCGCCGCGCGCGUCGAGCAGUGCUUCCGUCGUCGCUGCAACUCGUCGCCCUCGCAACUCGAGCCGGUUCGCAUAGCCGCCACCGGUAGAUCUCCCACCCAGCGAGGGUGA